AUGUACAGAUCCUACACUGUCAACAUGGACAUAGGAAACCCACCCAGGCCCUACACUCUGGAUAUGGACACAGGCAGCUAUGUCACUUGGAUCCAAUGUGAUGCACCAUGUAUCAAUUGUCAUCAGGCUCCUCAUAGACCAUACAAGCCCCAAAGGAUUGAUGCUGCCUUGUGUAAGGACCACAUGUGUGAUUUUGUGGAUCAUCCUGCAAACUAUCCAUGCAGGUGA